AGGGCUGUGCGCAUGCGCGGGGCGGGCCGCUCGCCUCCGGGCCCGGGCCGAGAGGUGCGGGGCUGCCGUCUCCCAUGUCGGCUCCGUUCGAGGAGCGGAGCGGGGUGGUGCCCUGCGGGACGCCCUGGGGCCGCUGGUAUCAGACCCUGGAGGAGGUGUUCAUCGAGGUGCGGGUGCCGCCGGGCACCCGGGCUAAGGACGUCCGCUGCAGCCUGCAGAGCCGGCACAUCGCCCUCUCCGUGCGGGGCCAGGAGGUGCUGCAGGGUAAACUUUUUGACUCCACAAUAACUGAUGAAGGAACAUGGACGUUAGAAGACAGGAAGCUGAUACGAAUUGUUCUAAUGAAGACAAAUCGAGAUGCUGGAAAUUGUUGGACGUCUCUGUUAGAAGAUGAAUAUGCUGCUGAUCCUUGGGUGCAGGACCAGAUGCAGAGGAAACUUACACUGGAGCGAUUCCAAAGAGAGAACCCUGGAUUUGACUUCAGCGGGGCAGAAAUUUCUGGAAACUACAGCAAAGGAGGACCAGACUUUUCUAGUCUUGAAAAGUAAACUGUUUUUAUAUGUGUUCCUUGAGAGGAAUUGCACAUUAUACUCCAAGUCUGGAAUCAUGUAACUGGUGAAGACUUCAGUGAUCUCUUCAACGGAUUGUCAUCAAAUAAUUACUUCAGUGAAGAGAAAGAAGAUCUCUUCCAGUAGAAUGAAGACAAAGUGUUACCAGCUGAUUUAUAAGCUGCAGUAACUUUCUAAUACUAAGGGACAAACUAUAGAGAAAGGUGUACACAAAAAACUAACAUCUUCAAGCAGAAUGUUGGGUUUGUUUCGGUUUUUUUAGAAACACCAUAGUAAACUAGUCAGUUACAAAUGUACCACCUGUCUUUAUGCACGAGCAUCUUAUUCACCGUUGAAGAACAGAUGUUAUAAGCAAGAUAUUUAAUAUUUUCUCUUAACUUGUAACAGGAAGGAUAUUAGGAUGGCUACAGUUACAAUUUCCCUCUGUAGCAGCCCUCUGAGAGCUCAUACAUAUCCUUCUAAAAAAGUGAUUUAAAAAAAGAAACUACUGCAUCUUGCCUCAAAUAAGGUUUUGCAAUCCACUGUGCUGUCAAAUAUAGCACUAAUGAUUAAUGCUUGCUACCAGGUAAACCAUACUAGAAAACUGAAAGGUCAGGUGAAAGUCUGCAUAUAAAUAAUUUUAUGUGUUAAUGUAAUACAGCCUUUCAGUAUACAUAUUUAAGAUUUUGAAAGUAAGAGAAUAUAAUGACUUUUGAAAGGAAUAGGAAGUCCGUAAGUAGGAAAUGGUAUGUUGCAUCUAUUCAUUACCAACAUAUAGCACAAGUUGUUGAUAGUGCAUCUGCGAAGCUGUGGAUUUUUGUAGAUACAGUUUUCAAUUUAAUAGCCACAUUUUAAACUUAGCUAUUGCAUGAUAUAAUAUUUUGCAUGUGCUAAUUAUGUAUCAGGAAUUUUCUAUUCCUUGUUAAGGAUGCAGCUGAGAAGCACUCCAACCACAGCAUUAUACAGGAUGAAGCCUGUGUCAAACAGACUAACAGUAAGAAAACACGAUUGCCAAAUCCUAUUGUAUUCUGAACACUGAAACUACUGCCUAGACUUAAGUCCUAAGCAGAAGUCUCACUGGAGAUAAAUUGCCAGCAGCUGUCCAUCAAACUGCCAAACCUUAUUUCUAAAAUUGUAUCCUUAUUUCAGUUAACAUAUGGCAAGAAUAAAGCAAUAGUUGAGGAAGAA